GGAGCUGCCUCACUCCAGCCACCACCACCUGAGCAGGUCAUUUGUUCGCCGACUGUAAGCUGUUCAACUGGCUGCUCCCUAUGGCCCUUACAUCGGGACUCGGGGUAAGGAAGAGAAUCUUCUGGCAGCUGACUGUAUUUGCACUUGGCUUCUUAGUCCCGCUCCUAUACUGGUUUCCUAUCAGGAAUCUGGAUCUCCUCAUCCCCAUGGAUGUCUGCCCUUCAGCCACAAUGGCUCUGCUGAAAGACAACUUCACAGGUGGUCUUCAGCUUGGGAACCGGCCUGAUGUCCUGACCUGUACCUCCUGGAAGGCCCCCAUUAUUUGGCAUGGUACCUUCAACCCGGAUGUAGCCCAGCAAAAAGCCAGACAGCAGAACCUCACCAUUGGGCUCACUGUCUUCGCCAUAGGCAGGUACCUGGGGAAGUACCUGGAGCGUUUCCUGGAGUCGGCUGAGCGGCACUUCAUGGUGGGCCAGCGCGUGGUCUACUACGUGUUCACCGAGCAGCCGGAUGCCGUGCCCCACGUGGCGCUAGGGCCUCACCGGCAGUUGCGCGUGGAGUUCGUGGCGCGCGAGCAGCGUUGGCAGGACGUGUCCAUGGCGCGUAUGCACACGCUGCACCAGGCGCUCGGCCGGCGGCUGGGCCGCGAGACGCAGUUCGUGCUCUGCAUGGACGUGGACCAGCACUUCAUUGGCCCCUUCGGGCCGGAGGUGCUGGCCGAGUCGGUGGCGCAGCUGCAUGCCUGGCACUACCACUGGCCGCGGUGGCUGCUGCCCUUUGAGCGCGACGCGCGCUCGGCCGCCGCGCUGGCACCGCACGAGGGCGACUUCUACUACCACGCGGCCGUGUUCGGGGGCAGCGUGGCGGCGCUGCGCAGGCUGACGGCGCACUGCGCGCUGGGCCUGCGGCAGGACCGCGCGCGCGGCCUGGAGGCGCUCUGGCACGACGAGAGCCACCUCAACAAGUUCUUUUGGCUGCACAAGCCCGCCAAGGUGCUGUCGCCCGAGUUCUGCUGGAGCCCGGACAUUGGCAGGCGAGCGGAGAUCCGCCAUCCGCGCCUGCUCUGGGCGCCCAAGGAGUACGCAGAGGUGCGCGACUAGCGCCCCCCACGGGGCCAGCCCAGCCGCCUCCCAGCCCGCGCCUUUGCCUCCGGAAGGAGUGAAGUGAGGGGGGCUGACCGCAGGGAGAGACCCUGUGACCAGUGCCUGGGGGGCGCCUCCGGAACUGCGCGGCAGGCUGGAGGCCGGAGAAAGGCGAGAUGCAAGGACCCGCGUGCCUGCCCCUCACCUCCACGGGCGAUGCAAGCGCGGCAGCAAGGGCACCUAGGGCACGCAGUCUGUAGACUUUGACCUCUGACCAUACUGCGUAUGGCUGCUGCCUCCCGAAAGCGAGAGGAUGUGGUUUUAGCUUCACCUCAACCCCUCGUUAAGUGCAGAGCCUGUGAUACAAAGAGAGAUGUGUCUCCCAGACUGACACAGUCAUCAAGCUGUCGUUGUGUCAGUGUGGAGAACCAAUCCUGCUGCUGGGACCAGGGGCAUGAACCAGAGGGAGAAACACUGCAGGCAUCCUGACGUGGUCUUGCUACCUCCCUUGCCCAUAAGCAGGGAGACUAUAUUUAUCUUGGGUAAUUUUAUUUUUAUUGUUUGGAUUUAUUGGGUAUUGGGAAUCAAACCCAGAAGCUAUAUCCUCAGGCCCCUUUUUAGUUUUUACUUUGAGAUAAGGUUACACUGAAUUGCCCAGGAAGUACUUGAACUUACAGGCUUCCUCAGCCUCCUAAGGUGCUAGGUUUACAGGCAUGUGCCACUGUGCCACCUUUGAGUAAUAUUACAAUAAAUUCUUCCAAAAUUGU